AUGUCGCAGAUCGGCACUGAGAAGUCAGACACACUUGACACUAAAGCAUGCGACCUUGCUCCACAGCACCCGGACAUUGCAUUGGGAACGUUGCAUGGGACAACAGAGGAUGCCCCAUAUACUGAAGCCGAGAACCGAACUGUGCUGCGCAAGAUUGACUGGUUCCUUCUUCCCUGGCUCAUGGGCACGUACCUCAUACAAUUCUUGGAUAAGACAUGUAUCUCAUAUGCUGCCCUGUGGGGAAUGAAAGAGGAGGCCCGCCUGGUGGGCGAUCAGUAUUCAUUUGUCUGGGCGGUGCCCUUCUUUCUCUUUGCUGCUCCGAGUCCUACAGCAGCGAAAUGGUUAUCUUCCGUGGAGAAGGAUGUUGCCAUCAAACGAGUGUCCGAGAACAAGACCGGUCUGGACAAUAAAGAGUUUAAGUUCUAUCAAGCACGUGAAGCUUUUAUAGAUCCUCAAGUGUGGAUCUUGAUACUCUUUGUUAUAGCAAAUAAUAUUCCAAACGGAGGCAUCAGUGCAUUCAGGCCACUGAUUAUCGAAGGUUUUGGCUACUCAAAGCUUGGAACUACCCUCCUGGGGAUGCCAUUUGGGGGAGCACAGGUACUGGCCCUUCUCAUUACGGGCUUCCUCGCAGGAAAAAUUAAAAACUGCCGUAUCAUUCUAAUGUGUGGUGGUCUUGUCGUCUCUAUUCUGGGAAUGAGUCUCAUGUACGCGCUUCCAGAGGAAAACAAGCUUGGUCGGCUCUUCGGAUACUAUCUUGCCAUUGGGUUCAGUGCAACCUAUGUCCUUUCAUUAGGGCUGAUCCAAGCCAACAUCGCCGGACGAACGAAAAAGACCGUCGUCACUGCUGCUCUUUUCAUUGCGUACUGCGUGGGUAACUUGAUUGGGCCCCAGCUAUUCUUUGAAAGAGAAGAACCUCAUUAUAGAUCCGGAUUUAUUGCCAUGAUUAUUUGCCUGGCCCUCGAUUUUAUCUUGCUUGUCAUACUGCAUAGGUUAUACGUGCUAAAGAACAGAAAGCGAGACGCAUCACAGUCCUCCUUAGAGGUUAACAUUGAUGAUACCUCUGGCUUGACUGAUCUGACAGAUAUGGAAAAUCCCUCGUUCCGAUAUGUUGUUUAG